UCCGCAGCUUCAGGGUGCACUCAAGAACGAUGCUCCUCUCUGAAACCCGUUUUUCCCUUUCCCUCUGAAACCCAAACGCCAACCACGCUCGACGACGAGGCAGCAACAACACCACGGUCCCCAGCCAGCGGCGCCACCCUUCCAGCAGUAACACGGCGGUCCCACAGUCAGCGGCUGAGCAACCCUAGCAGCUACGGUCCUCCCCAGCCAGCGGCGGCGCCUCCCUCACUUCCCAGCCAGCCAGCGGCGUCUCCUCCCUCCCUCCCAGCCAGGUUCAAUUAUCAUUGUUUUAUAGACACUCUCCAACUUAAGGCUUUUUCAGCUGCCAUUAAGAGAUUAGAUCCUACCUUGCCAAAAUCUAAGUUCAAAGUUGUGAGUAGCAGUAGGAAUAAGUUAUAUAAUGACAGACUUCAAAUGUUAAAAAAUAAAGCAAUUGAGCUGAAUAUUAGUGAGCAAGUGUAAUUCCACAAGAAUGUAACGUACAGUUCUAGAUAUUUGGUUCUGAAGCUUCUGUUCAAUGGCAAAGGACAAAGUUGUUUCUGUCAAAGAUGCAGUUUUCAAAUUGCAAACGUUACUCCUUGAAGGCAUUCAAAAUGAAGAUCAGCUGUUUGCUGCUGGAUCUUUGAUGUCAAGGAGUGACUAUGAAGAUAUUGUAACUGAACGGUCCAUCACAAACGUGUGUGGUUACCCACUCUGCUGCAAUGCUUUGCCGUCUGAGCGCCCUCGAAAGGGUAGAUACCGGAUAUCACUGAAGGAGCACAAGGUCUAUGACCUACAAGAGACUUACCUGUUUUGUUCUUCGAAUUGUGUUGUUAGCAGCAAAGCUUUUGCUGGGAGCUUGCAAGUGGAGAGAUGCUCAGCUUUAAACCCAGAAAAGAUAAACAACAUACUUAAGUUAUUUGAGAAUUUGAAUCUGGAACAGACAGAAAAUGUGGGAAAGGAUGGAGAUGUAGGUUUGUCCGAUUUGAAAAUUCAGGAGAAAACUGUAACAAGCAGUGGGGAGGUGUCUCUGGAGGAGUGGGUUGGACCAUCAAAUGCAAUUGAGGGAUAUGUGCCAAAACCAAGGGAGCGUGAAUCUAAGGGUUCACGGAAAAGUGUUAAAAAAGGGUCCAAAGCUGGUCAUGGCAAGUCAUUCAAUAACAAAGAUUUAAUUAACAAUGAGAUGAACUUCGUGAGUACUAUUAUUAUGCAAGAUGAGUAUAGUGUUUCAAAAGCAUCCCCAGGUCAAACAGACACAAUAGCUGUAAACAGGCAACCUGAAAAGGUUGGCCUUCAAAUUGUCAGGAAAGAUGAGGAUAGCAUUCAAGAUCUGUCUUCAUCUUUUAAGAGUGGUUUAAAUUUAGGUACCUCAGAAAAAGAGAAAGAAGUAUCCAAAUCAUAUGAAGCAGUGGUCCAAUCCUCUCCCAAUCUGGCUAGUAAGAAGAAAGAUUCACAUUCUGUUUCCAUAUCAGAAAGACAAUAUGAUCAGGAAAAGCAUAAUUCCUCAAGGAAAUCAGUUCAAGGUAAAGGGGAGACAAGUAGAGUUACUGUUAAUGGUGGUGCUUCCACUUCCAAUUUUGAUCCUGACAAUGUUAAAGAGAAAUUCCAAGUAGAAAAAGUGGGUGGAUCGUGUGAGACUAAACUCAAAUCUUCCCUUAAAUCUGCUGGUCAAAAGAAACCUAACCGCACUGUUACUUGGGCGGAUGAGAAAAUCAAUGGUGCUGGGAAUAAAGAUCUUUGUGAGGUUAAAGAAUUUGGAGAUAUUAGAAAAGAAUAUGAGUCACUAGGUAACGUAGAUGUUGCUGAUGAUGAGGAUAUGCUACGUCAAGCAUCGGCAGAAGCUUGUGCAAUUGCAUUAAGCCAAGCAUCAGAAGCAGUUGCAUCUGGAGACUCAGACGUCAUUGAUGCUGUUUCUGAAGCUGGAAUUACUAUAUUGCCUCGGCCACAUGAUGCUGUUGAGGAAGGUACUAUAGAGGAUGAUGAUAUACUACAAAAUGAUUCAGUUACUCUGAAAUGGCCAAGAAAGCCUGGAGUUUCGGACAUUGAUUUCUUUGAAUCUGAUGACUCAUGGUUUGAUGCUCCACCAGAGGGUUUCAGUUUGACUUUAUCACCUUUUGCAACUAUGUGGAAUGCCGUCUUUUCGUGGAUGACAUCAUCCUCUUUGGCAUAUAUAUAUGGAAGGGAUGAAAGUUUUCAUGAAGAAUACCUAUCAGUCAAUGGGAGAGAAUAUCCUUGCAAAGUUGUCUUGUCAGAUGGUCGGUCAUCUGAAAUAAAGCAAACAUUAGCAGGUUGUCUUGCUCGAGCUUUUCCUGCACUUGUUGCUGGGCUUGGACUGCCAAUACCAAUAUCCACCUUGGAGCAAGGGAUGGCAUGCUUGCUGGAGACAAUGUCAUUUGUGGAUGCACUUCCACCUUUCAGAACAAAGCAAUGGCAAGUGGUUACUCUUUUGUUUGUUGAUGCAUUGUCCGUUUGUAGAAUACCUGCUCUUAUCUCAUACAUGACGGAUAGGAGGUCUUUGUUUCACAAGGUUUUGAGUGGUUCUCAAAUAGGUAUAGAAGAAUAUGAGAUUUUGAAGGAUCUUGUUGUACCACUCGGCCGGGCACCCCAUAUCUCUGCCCAAAGUGGGGCAUGACAACAAAUAGGCCAAAUGUUGGAGUUUGUUCAUAAAUAGGCCAAUGAUGAAUUGAAAAAUUACCAUUCAAUGGAGUGUGUUUAUAACUAUCACAUGCAAUGACAAUAAUACUAAGCCUCAAGCAACACUGAAAUCAGAUUUCUUUAUGUUCUAUGCUGGUUUGAAGGAGUGAUGAAUGCAAAAUUGAUAUUGUUCCAAAAUAUUGUAGUUAUAAAAAAAAAUCUAAAAUAUUGUCCCAUUAACUGGCAGUUUGUAAUAUUUUGUGCCAAACAUAUGUAGAAGGCUCUGAAGAUGUCCAUUGGAUUUUCUUCUGAGCUCAUGUCAGGAUGGGGACAACCACAUGAAAAAAAUGACAGAAUUCCAAAUUCCUUUACUGAAGCGAUGCCUAUUUCUUAGGCUUCUUUUUCCCAGCAAUAUAUUUGAAAGAAAAAAUGGCAAGUA